GCAUCUCGGGUUCCAUCUCCAGUAACAUGAAAGCAUUUGUCUGGCUAUGGUGGUCCUUGCUGUCGCAAUUGCGCAGCGUGAAAUCGCCGUGGAGCCGUUGACGGGCCCCCAACUGCUCAGCGCACUCAGGACGAAACAAGUAUGCGACGCCAUCCCGGCCGACGCGCUCGUCAACGUCACCCGCCGAGUGACGUCACACCAGUGGCCCGACGAUGCAUGGUGGAGCUGGUUCGAGCUCUACGGAGGCCACAUCACCUGCACGGACGGGCAUCUUUGGAUGGAGUGCGAAUGUGUGAUUCCUUGGGAGGACCAGCGCGAGGCAGUCUGCUCAGCUUAUGUCUCCAGUAUUCUCAUGCGUUACAGCUUGCGCGUGGCUGUGAGGAACCCGAAGCACGACGACGAACCCCUGGCCUUCGUCCAAGCGGGAGACAUGACUGCGGUUGCGAAAAGUGCCAUGCUGGGCCUGGCGGUGAUAACACGUUCUGAUGGCGGCUUCCGCUACAUUAUACCGCUCUUGCUGGGUGAAAUCAACAUCGGGGAACUGACCUUCGAGAAGUCUACCAUCGACUGGAACGGAAAGGAGGUUGACACCACGGAUGCGCUGUUUCGAGACCCAAUUCGAGAUGCGCUCUCUGAUCUGGUCUACGACUUUAUCUGGGGUCCUCUAGUCGACAGCUUGAGGAAGGCCUUCGGCGAUACAAGCUGGCGGUCUAGGAAAACGAAUCUGGUGUGACGGCGACGCCUUUCUUAUUGUCCUUUUGACUUUAUCCUCUGUGACGUUCUCCGUAGCGGAAGAAUAAACUCGUAAU